AUGAAGACCGUUACGAUCGCGUUUCUUGCACUUGCCUCAUUGGCUCUGAUCCUCGGAAGUCAAGCUUCGGCUGCUCCACCUCAGCACCUGACGCAAAAAGAUCGCCAAAGACUGGCUCCAAGGGCUGUCUCUGACCGAGUCCCGGUGCUGCAAGGGCACCCGGUCCCGCAUUGGUGGCCGACAUACUUCCCUUACCGAAAUCACGUAUUCACUCCGUUCUUAGUUGGCGACCACAUUGACGAAAGCAGGCUGGCCGACUUUCGGCAACAGGUCCAACUUUUCGAAUCCAUUCGAGGAAAUGCUCUCAGACACAAUGAUCUCACUGCCGAAGAGAGGCAGAUAUUAUCAACACCAUUCAACAGCUGGGUUGAGAACUCAGCUCAUCGCCAUCCCACCAACGUCGUUAGGGCAAAAUUCGCAGAGGAUGCAACCAAGCUGCAGGAGAUGCACCGAGUUUUCGCCCGCUUCAUGCCGCAUUUCUGA